AUGGCUGAGAAGUUGCAUUCAGAGGGGAAAUCCUGUUCCUCCAACAUCUAUGUCAGCUCACUCAACAAUCACCACUUCAUGCUAGAUUUGCCAUAUGUAGAUGUGACAUUUAUGUGUGAUCACAUUGAUAUCAUGGCUCUCAUGGACAUUGCACUUCUGAAGGCUAACAAAACCAAUCACCUUCACUCAUUCCUCCAGUACAAGAAAUAUCCUCCUCUUGUUCCCCACUCACCACAACAGCACCCUCCCCCCAAUCAAAGGGAUCACAUUUGUCCUAUGGAGGGUAUCAUGUUUACAGCCACUUGGCUGCAGUCUAUGUGCCCAUUCUUCCAGCCUUGGGGCUUGUCAAAAUUCUCAGUGCCUAUGUGGCCAACGUCGGGCCCUAUGGAUUUCAUGAUUCUUCAUGUUGCAUGUUGGGCUCAUGAUGAGAUGAUGAGGAAUGGCGAAACACCAUCUAUCACCCACUUGAGUGCUGAGAUGCUUCAAUACCACCCUAAGGGUAGCAACUGGCAAAUCAUGCUUGAACUGGAUCUUGAUCAGCCUUGCUACAUGAAGCAUGUUGCCGAGCCAUGGACACAUCUUAUCUGA